GCGGUCCGCAGGCGGCGGAAGGGGCGCGGUGCCGGUGACGCGGCGGCGGGCGCGGGGCCCGGCGGGACGGGGCGGUCGCUGGUGCGCUCCGAGCGGCGGGGACGGCACGCGGCGCGGCCAUGGCGGACGGGGACGGUUCCAGCGCGAAGAAGCGGCGGAAGAAGGAGAAGAGGGCGCUUGCCGAUGAUGAUGUAGCGGACAUUCAGCACACCGAGGAUUUCCUCAUCAAGCCCGAGUCCCGGGUGGCCCAGCUGGACACGUCGCAGUGGCCCUUGCUGCUGAAGAACUUUGACAAGUUAAAUGUGAGGACAGCACACUACACACCUCUUCCUUCCGGUGCUAAUCCCCUGAAGAGAGAGAUUUCUGACUAUGUUAGGUCUGGCUUUAUUAACCUCGACAAGCCCUCCAAUCCAUCCUCUCAUGAGGUGGUUGCGUGGAUCCGGCGCAUCCUGCGAGUGGAGAAGACAGGGCACAGUGGCACCCUGGAUCCCAAGGUGACUGGGUGCCUCAUUGUGUGCAUCGAGAGGGCGACACGACUGGUCAAAUCUCAGCAGGGCGCAGGCAAAGAGUAUGUGGGAAUUGUUCGGCUGCACAAUGCCAUUGAAAGUGAGGCUCAGCUGGCCAGGGCCAUAGAAACCCUGACAGGUGCCCUGUUCCAGCGGCCACCUCUCAUUGCUGCUGUCAAACGACAGCUGAGAGUCAGAACCAUCUACGAGAGCAAGCUGGUGGAGUAUGAUCCUGAGAGAAGAUUAGGUAUCUUCUGGGUGAGCUGUGAAGCAGGCACAUACAUCCGAACCCUCUGUGUCCACCUGGGCUUGCUGCUGGGUGUGGGGGGCCAGAUGCAAGAGCUCCGCAGAGUCCGCUCAGGCAUCCUGGGAGAGACGGACAACAUGGUGACCAUGCAUGAUGUGCUGGACGCUCAGUGGCAGUAUGACAACAACAAGGAUGACAGCUACCUGCGAAGGGUCAUCCUGCCCCUGGAGAAGCUGCUGACUUCCCACAAGAGGCUCGUAAUGAAAGACAGUGCGGUUAAUGCCAUUUGCUAUGGAGCCAAGAUCAUGCUGCCUGGUGUUCUGCGAUAUGAGGAUGGAAUUGAGCUUAAUCAGGAGAUUGUUGUCAUCACUACAAAAGGAGAAGCCAUCUGCCUAGCCAUUGCCUUGAUGACUACAGCAGUCAUUUCUACGUGUGACCAUGGCAUUGUAGCAAAGAUCAAGAGAGUGAUCAUGGAGAGAGACACAUAUCCCCGGAAAUGGGGGCUGGGUCCCAAGGCCAGUCAGAAGAAGAUGAUGAUCCAGAAGGGUCUGCUGGAUAAGCAUGGAAAGCCCAAUGAGAGCACACCAGAGUCCUGGAGGAGGGAAUAUGUGGAUUACAGGGAUACUUCCAGAAAAGAAGAAGCAGCUGCUGAUUACCAAGCUGUUUCAGAGGACAGGGCUGCAAAAAGAAAGCGAGACUCAGAGAGUGAAAAUGAGGAAGCUGUGACCCCACCGUCCACCCCACCACCAGAGGAGCUGAGCAGAAAGGAAAAGAAAAAGAAGAAGAAAGAGAAGAAGGCCAGAGAGGCAGCUGAGAGUGGGGGAGAACAAAUAGAGAGGACCAGUGAGACCAGCAGCAAGAAAAAGAAGAAGAAACAAAAGGAAGUAGAAGAGAGCUCGGACUAAGCAGCUGGGUCUGUCCAAAGCAGGCAACCUCAUCAGUCAGGAGGGAGGAGUUCUGGGUCUUGAGAAGAGGACUGGCUGCGUGGCAGAGGAGCCAGCAAGUUCCAAGAUCUUUCCUCCUGUUUAUAUGAGUGAGUGGGUGUUUGCCCUGCUCAGGUGCCCCUCUUCAUCCUGUUUUAAGGGUUGCCAGAGGAGCAGGGUGCCUCACUGUCCCUGCACUGGAUUGAUCUCUAAGCUGAGCACCACGAUGCCAACGGAAGUGGGAUCUUCGGGGAAGCUGUAGCUUCUGGCUCUUCAUUGGUCUCUGUUUUCACCUAGAGAAGGUGGAAUAAUCUUUCUCCCUCCUCAUAUACUGCCUCUUUUUUUCCUUUUCUCCCAAGGCUGAAGCUGUUACCUGACAGUCAAAGAAUGUGUUGCUGCCUGGAGGAGUGGCUUUGUCACAGCCCGUGUGUUUGUAUGGGGACAGUCAGAUCAGUUAUUUCUGAAGGACUGUGUUUUAACCUGGCCACAGGCUUGGCUUUAUUCAGUUAAAUGAGAACAAAUAGUCCACCCAGAUUAUUUUUCACUCCUUUUUAAACCUUUGUCGUGAAAGGAUUAGAAAAUUUAAUUCCUCCUUGUUGUUUAUAGCACAAGGACAUGCUGGUACAUUGUCUGCUGAUUCUCAAGCCCACUUGUCUCAGUGAUGUUGACAGGGUGUCCCUUUUGCUGGCUUUCUGCUCUUCUCUACUGAUUUGUUGGACUGCAACGCUUUUGGUUGCCUCGCCUGGUUCUGAUGCCCAGUGUGCUCUGAAGGCUGGAGGUGACUGACCAACAUGUUCUUCAUGCUGCUGGGACUGGAGCCCUAAGAAAAAGCUUGGUCAGAGGCAGCUCUGCCAGGGGGCAUUGGGUGUGGGCUUGAACGGUUUUAGAUAAAUUUGUUGCUAAACUAUCUGGAAUGGCUUACCGGGGGCAGGUCUUUCCUGUCACAGGGGUAGUGCUGAGCCAGGUUUUAGCUCCCUUUAAUGAGGAAGGACCCCAGGCUCUUGUUCUGAGGUUCAUUCCCUGCAGAGAUUCUGUUAAAUGUUGGAUUAACCUCAUGCAUUGCUUUAGUCUAUACUGCCCUCCAGUGCUGGAGAUGCAGGCAGUGGGGACAGCAGCUAGUGGGUGUUGCAGUGUGAGCAGGGAAAAAAAAAAAGUCCAUUUUUAUUUACUCUUUUUUUACUAAAGUAAAUAAAUAAAUAAAUAAAAUUUCUGGUUUUGAACAGGUGAUUUUCACACUCCUCCCAAAAAGUCAGUGGCAUUCAUGGGGCAGGGGGGCAGAUUUUACCACCUGU